CUCGCGGUGGGGCCGAGGCUGGGAGCCGGGCGGGCGAUGGCGGGGGUUGCAGCGGGCGGCAGAGGCGGAGGUGCCUGGGGGCCGGGGCGUGGAGGGGCCGGGGGGCUCCGGCGGGGCUGCUCACCCCCAGCCCCCGCCGGCUCCCCUCGGGCUGGGCUGCAGCCGCUCAGGGCCACGGUCCCCUUCCAGCUGCAGCAGCCGCACCAGCGCCGGGACGGGGGUGGCCGCGCAGCCAGCGUCCCAUGCUCCGUGGCCCCAGAAAAGUCUGUGUGCAGGCCUCAGCCACCCCAGGUCCGACGUACAUUUUCUCUGGACACCAUCCUCAGCUCCUACCUUCUGGGCCAGUGGCCACGAGAUGCAGAUGGGGCCUUCACCUACUGUACCAAUGACAAAGCCACCCAGACGCCCCUGUCCUGGCAAGAGCUGGAAGGUGAACGGCCCAGCUCCUGCACGCACAAGCGCUCGGCGUCCUGGGGCAGCACGGACCACCGGAAAGAGAUCACCAAGCUGAAGCAGCAGUUGCAGAGGACCAAGCUGAGCCGCGGCGGGAAGGAGAAGGAGCGGGGCUCCCCACUGCGGGGGACUCUCAGGGCUUCCCCUCCCAGCUUCCCCUCAGGGCCCCCCAGCCUGCGCCUCAGCCCCUGCCUGCACCGGAGCCUGGAGGGCCUCAACCAGGAGCUGGAGGAGAUGUUCGUGAAGGAGCAGGGCGAGGAGGAGCUGCUGCGGAUCCUUGAAGUUCCUGAUGGGCACCGCGCCCCCGCACCCCCCCAGAGUGGCAGCUGCGAUCAACCCCUGCUCCUGCGGGAACCUGGCAUCUUUGCCAGCUCACCCUCCGUGCCCCUGGCAUCUCCGCAGCCUUGUGGCCAGGCCAGCCAGGAGGACUCCCGUGGGGCGGUCCCCCACGACAAAGCCUUCUCUCCAGGCCAGCCUGCCUUCCUGGAAGAUGGCAGCCCGUCUCCAGUCCUUGCCUCCGCCGCCUCCCCCAGGCCCAACCAUAGCUACGUCUUCAAACGGGAGCCGCCCGAAGGCUGUGAGAGAGUGCGCGUGUUUGAAGAGGCCACGUCCCCAGGGCCCGACCUGGCCUUCCUCUCUUCCUGUCCUGACAAGAACAAAGUCCAUUUCAACCCGACCGGCUCGGCCUUCUGCCCCGUCAGCUUGAUGAAGCCCCUCUUCCCCAGCAUGGGCUUCAUCUUCCGUAACUGCCCCUCCAGCCCCGGGUCCCCGCUGCCCCCUACCAGCCCCCGGCCCCCACCUCGGAAGGAUCCAGAGGCCUCAAAGGCCUCCUCCUCGCUGCCGUUUGAGCCAUGGCAGCUCCCCCCGCCGGCAGAAGAACCUGUGCUGUUCCAGAGCUCCUUGAUGGUCUGAAGGACCCCCGCGUUUCCAUGGAGACCAGUGCCUUGGUGGCAGGCUCCUCCCUGUCCCCUGAGCUGGGGGAUGAAGGAGCCCUUCCCUCUCGGCCUUCGAGCACUUUCAUUUAUUGUGUCAAAGCCCCGGGUCCUCAUCCUGUUGGACACGGGCCCCUGGGAAUGGAAGGGGUCCCGCCUUCCCUGCUAGCAGCUAGGCAGCUCACAAGUCCCACCUGUGUUCUCCACACCUUCCUCACUUGGUGGAAAGUCCCAGUGGGGGUCCAUUUGGGAGUGCAGCCAGCUGCUGAGUGAAGGAGAGGGGUGCCCUCCUCCAAGGCUGCAGAACCCCCAUCCCUCCAUCCCCCCACCUCAUCCCUCCCUCUAACUGGAGGAGCUGACCAAAGUAGCCCUCAGGGGCCCCACACUUGACCAAUCCAGCUGCUGGCAGAGGGGGCAACCAAGCGCUUUCCCAAGUGGCAUUUUCAUCUCGCUUUCACCCUGACUAAGAUUGUCUUAAGCAGCCGCCAGCCUGCCCAGCCCCAGGUGGGUAAUGGGGGAGAGGGAGAGCUGGCAUUGCUCGGGGUGGCCAGUGGUGACUGUCCACCCUCCACCUGCCCCAGGACUGGGUGGGAUUAGAAAAGGCCUAUUUUUCUGGUAUUGAUGUAGAAACUCUAUUUUCUCCCAAAGACACUAUUUUUGCAGCUGUUUGAAGUUUGUAUAUUUUCCGUAUUGCAGAGCUACCCGAAACUGAAGAAGAAUGUUAAUGUUCAAGUUUUCUUAUCCUGUGUUUAGAGUUUUUUUUUUUCAGAUCUUGGUGUUAAAUAAACUAAAUAAAUAAGUAUUCCCAGAA